CUGGGAGAGUUUAAAGUUUUGAAGACCACCACAUCCACCAGAAGACCCAGGAUGGAUCUCCACCAAAGCACCACUGUCACCCUCCUUGAGAAAUGGUGUUCCAACCAAUCACCGUCUGGCUACAGGAGACAUUAUAACGUCAGGAAAAAACUGAAGUUAAUUCGAAUUGUAGGCCUCCUCAUGGGCCUGGUGGCCAUUAGCACUGUCCCAUUUUCAAUCAGUGCCUUUUCUGAGACAGACACACAGAGCACAGGGGAAGCCAGUGUUGUCAGUGGCCCGAGGGUAGCACACAGUUACCCUCAAAGAACUCUCUUAGAUUUAAAUGACAAGAUUCAGGAUUACACUCCACAGCCACCUCUUUCUCAGGAAGGCACAUCUGAGAACAGCACAGACCAUGCCCAAGGAGACUACCCGAGAGACAUCUUCUCCCUUGAGGAUCGGAGAAAAGGCGCCAUCAUCCUCCACGUCAUAGGAAUGAUCUACAUGUUCAUAGCCUUAGCCAUUGUCUGCGAUGAGUUCUUUGUUCCUUCUUUGACGGUCAUCACCGAGAAGCUGGGCAUCUCCGAUGAUGUGGCUGGAGCCACCUUUAUGGCUGCAGGCGGUUCAGCCCCAGAACUUUUCACUUCUCUCAUAGGGGUGUUCAUUGCUCACAGCAAUGUUGGCAUAGGCACAAUUGUAGGUUCAGCAGUGUUCAAUAUCCUCUUCGUUAUUGGCAUGUGUGCUCUGUUUUCUAGAGAAAUCCUAAACCUGACAUGGUGGCCGCUCUUUCGGGAUGUGUCGUUCUACAUCGUUGACUUGAUCAUGCUGAUUAUAUUUUUUCUGGAUAAUUUUAUCAUGUGGUGGGAAAGCUUGCUCCUCUUGACAGCUUAUUUUGGCUAUGUGGUUUUCAUGAAAUUCAACGUCCAAGUGGAAACAUGGGUGAAGCAAAUGAUAAAUCGCAAUAAAGUCGUCAAGGUGACAGCACCAGAGGCCCAAGCAAAGUCAUCUACAGCCAGGGACAAGGAUGAACCAGCUCUACCGGCUAAGCCGCGCCUACAGCGAGGUGGAAGUUCUGCUUCCCUCCACAACAGUCUCAUGAGGAAUAGCAUCUUCCAGCUCAUGAUACACACCCUGGACCCUCUGGCAGAAGAACUUGGAUCAUAUGGAAAACUAAAAUAUUAUGACACAAUGACUGAAGAAGGGAGGUUCAGAGAAAAGGCCUCAAUUCUCCACAAGAUUGCCAAGAAGAAAUGCCAAGUGGAUGAGAACGAGAGGCAGAAUGGGGCUGCCAAUCACGUGGAAAAAAUCGAACUCCCAAAUAGCACGAGCACAGAAGUUGAAAUGACACCUUCCAGCGAUGCUUCGGAACCUGUACAAAACGGAAAUCUCUCCCACAGCAUUGAAGCUGCAGAAGCCCAGACAGCCGAGGAGGACGACGACCAGCCCCUGAGCCUUGCCUGGCCUUCCGAAACCCGCAAGCAGGUCACCUUCCUGAUCGUCUUCCCCAUAGUGUUUCCUCUUUGGAUCACCUUACCUGACGUUCGCAAACCUUCAUCAAGGAAAUUUUUUCCCAUCACAUUCUUUGGCGCCAUCACCUGGAUCGCAGCCUUCUCUUAUUUGAUGGUCUGGUGGGCGCAUCAGGUUGGAGAGACCAUCGGCAUUAGUGAAGAGAUUAUGGGUCUGACCAUCCUGGCUGCUGGGACUUCCAUCCCUGAUCUUAUCACCAGUGUCAUCGUGGCUCGGAAGGGGCUAGGAGACAUGGCUGUGUCCAGCUCCGUUGGAAGUAAUAUUUUUGACAUCACUGUAGGGCUCCCACUGCCCUGGCUCCUGUACACCCUCAUUCACAGAUUCCAGCCAGUGGCUGUCAGCAGCAAUGGCCUCUUCUGUGCCAUUGUCCUCCUCUUCAUCAUGCUGCUCUUCGUCAUUCUUUCCAUUGCCCUCUGCAAAUGGCGGAUGAACAAAGUGCUGGGCUUCAUCAUGUUUGGCCUCUACUUCGUGUUCCUGGUGAUCAGCGUCCUCCUAGAAGACAGAAUUCUCAUGUGUCCCGUCUCCAUCUAGCGGAAAAGCCAUAUUGUGGACCAACAGCGUGGAUGGUCCCUUCCUGCUCUGGGCUCUAGGCUCCUUGGCCUCCUGAGAAGAGGCAGCUGGCACACAGCCCCAGCCAAGUGUCCCUCCUUGGUGGAUUGGAGGAGGGAUGGAUUCACAUGGGACCCUUCACUUCACAGGCUCUUCACCCUUGCCUACAGAAAUGACUCCA